CGCCAUGCACAUGAGACCGGCACGCGUCGCGUGCACACCGCUCGCUCGCGCCGCCGCCUCGAGGGCAUUCCCGCGGGCCGCAGCGAAGAGGCUUCCGCCGCUGCUGCGAGGCACGCGGCGCCCUCUGAGCAGCGGGACAGACGACACUUUGGUCGGCGGGCGCGGCGGCGCCUCCUCCUCCGCCGCCCCGCCGACCGGGGGGCAGGACGCAGGGCCGCGGCGCGUGCUCCUGCACUCGUGCUGCGCGCCUUGCUCGGGUGCGAUGAUCGAGGAGAUGGUGUCGGGGGGUCACUCGGUGACCAUCUUCUUCUACAACCCGAACAUCCACCCGCGCGCCGAGUACGAGAUCCGCAAGGCGGAGAACAAGCGGUACGCGGCGGAGCUCGGCAUCGCCUUCGUCGACGCGGACUACGACGUGGACGAGUUCCACCGGAGGGCGCGCGGCCUCGAGUUUGAGCCCGAGCGCGGCCGGCGCUGCAGCAUGUGCUUCGACAUGCGGAUGGACGUGACGGCGGAGUACGCGUCGCAGCACGGCUUCGACUGCUUCACCACGACCAACGCGACCUCGCGCUGGAAGGACAUGAAGCAGGUCAACGCGUCGGGGCUGCAGGCGGCCGCCAAGCACGGCUUCCGGCCGUACUACUGGGUGUACGACUGGCAGACCGACGGGAUGACCGCGCGCAAGUACCGGAUCAACGCGGAGCAGCGCUUCUACAAGCAGGAGUACUGCGGCUGCUCCUACUCGCUGCGCGACUCGAACGCGUACCGCAAGGCGCAGGGCAUCCCGCCCGUCGCCAUCGGCGGCGAGGCGGCGGGGAGCGGCUCCCGCUACUACGACGACCCCGAGCGCGACGCCGCCGAGGAGUCGCAGGAGGUCGUCGACUCCUUCUUCGAGUCGGACGCCUCCUGCUUCGGAGGGAACCGCCUCUACCACGACCGGCGGCGUGGCCCGGACGCAGAGUCGGUCUACGGCGGGCGGCGCAGGCAGGGCGCGGAGGAGUCGGCCGCAGCGGCGGGCGACGACGAGAUUGUGGAGCGGAACAAUUGGUGAGCCGGUGGGAGAGUGCCGCGCGGUAGCCCAGCGCGCGCUCGCUAAGGCCCGCUUAGAGCCGCCGAGUGAUGAGAGUCAGAAGAUCACAUGUACAUGAGUAAUUCUCCGUGUGUAGUAUAAUACACACACGCGCCAUCG